UCGCUCCCGACUGCAAACUGCCAGCUGAGGAGAAGCACCAAGAAUAGCAAGCAGUGGGGAAAAAAGGGCAAGAAGUGGAUAUCGAUCGAUUGAUCGCGUUGGGUCGUUUGGCGCGAAGACGCCAGCGAAUCCGCGCGGUUAAUUUGGAUGGUGGCAAGGUGGAGGAAGGUUCGGUCUUGCGGAGAGAUUUCGUGAAAUUUUGGAGGGGGAGGAGGAAGAAGAAGUUGCGGUCUUGGUGAGGAAUUUGGAGUUGUUGCGUGCGAGGAGGAGGCAACGACGAUAUUGGCGAGGAAUCCGGGGUCGGAAAGGGGAGAGCAAGAGGAGGAGGUGGUGCAGGAUGCUGCGGUGGCUGGCGCGGCCGGCGGAGCGGUGCCUGGGGCGCAGCGGCUGCGGGUGCGGCGGCGGCGGUGGCGCCGGAGGAGGCGGGGAUGGGUUGCUGUGGAACGCAGAGCUGAAGACGCACGCGUCCGGGCAGUACUCCAUGGCCGUGGCGCAGGCCAACGAGAGUCUGGAGGACCAGGGCCAGGUGGCGACCUCGCCGGCGGCCACCUUCGUCGGGGUCUACGACGGCCACGGCGGGCCAGAGGCCUCGCGCUUCCUCUCCUCGCACCUCUUCCCGCACCUCCACAAGUUUGCAUCCGAGCAAGGAGGCGUGUCAAAUGACGCAAUCAAGAAGGCGUUCCAUGCUACAGAAGAGGAGUUCUUGCACCUAGUCAAAGGAUCAUGGCUCAAACGGCCCAAGAUUGCCGCAGCCGGCUCCUGCUGCCUCGUCGGAGCAAUCGCCAACAAUGUUCUGUAUGUCGCCAAUUUAGGGGACUCAAGAGUGGUCCUUGGCCAUAAAGGACCUAAUGGCCGGGGAGUAGUGGCCGAGAGGCUGUCCAAUGACCAUAAUGUUGCCGACGAGGAGGUACGAAAGGAGCUUGCUGAGCAGCAUCCUGAUGAUUCGCAUAUAGUCGUCUACACCAAGGGAGUUUGGCGAAUCAAGGGCAUCAUUCAGGUUUCCAGAUCAAUUGGGGAUGUCUACCUGAAGAAGCCUGAAUUUGCCAGAAACCCUAAGUUUCAGCAUUAUGUCUGUCCUGUUCCGUUGAAGCGGGCCGUCAUAACAGCCGAGCCAUCAAUCAAAGUACACCAUCUGCGACAGCAAGACCUCUUCUUAAUAUUUGCGUCAGAUGGUCUGUGGGAGCAGCUAACCGACAAAGCGGCGGUGGAUAUUGUCUUCAAGAAUCCCAGAGCAGGAAUAGCCAAGCGAUUGGUGCGAGCGGCACUGUCUGAAGCUGCAAGGAAAAGAGAGAUGAAAUACGCCGACAUACAACAGAUCGAGAGAGGGAUAAGGCGGCACUUCCACGACGAUAUCACGGUUGUGGUGGUCUACCUCGACAAUCACAAACGUGGUGCACAACCGAAAUUCAGUAAUUUGAACAGUUUCAGGUUCACCAAUGCACCGGAGGACAUAUUCUCCGGCAGGUCCGAUCAGCGGGGGCACCAACCCCUCAGUGGUGCUGUGGGCUAGUUUAUUGUCUUGAGGGGAAGAAACAUAGUGAAAAAGGAACACAGAUUGAGGCAUGAAAUGCAUAUUGAGAGGUUUCCAAAAAUUCCUUUCUUUUUGUACAUAAUGGGUUUGUAUAAUCUGAUAUUUCUAGACAAGAGUCCCAACUGGACAUACUUUGGGUAUCAAUCAUCAAAGAUUAGAUUCCCCAAAAAGAAAAGAAAGGGUGAGUUCUAAAGAUUGUUGGUAAGAUCCUUUGCAUGCGUCACAAGCCGAGAAUCAAGCCCAGGAGCUACUCUUGUUUGAUCCUGAAGCUUUUGUCCAUCACUGUGAUUUGGUCUCAAGUGGGCUCAGGUUUCCAAGUAGUAAUAAAAAAAUGUACACAACACAGGACUGCUUAGAUUUGUGUGUGUGCACUAGCAUUGCUGUAUGGGCAGCCUACUGCUAUCAGGUUCCCCAAAAGAAGAGCUUUCCCA